UGUAGUUCAUACAUUGACAUGAAUUAAACAACGAACAACGAUAAUCAACGUCAUUAGUCUUUUGAGCCUUUUGUUUGACCAAGCCAGCUACAAAGUAUGUGGAGGUUACUGUUGAAAAGCUGUUGCUCUGCUACCCAAGUGACAGGCGCAACAAGAAUGCUCCAUUCAUGUCGCGAUGGACACUAAUCAAGGAAGGCUAUUCCAGGAUCCAGUUCCUGAUUACGUCCAGCAGAAGGGUCCUUGAUAGCACGGAUAUUCUACUUUCGAGUCUCAACCAGAAGUCUAUGCAACAGUGGUACAACAAAAAGGGGAAGGAGAGGGAUCUCAAGAUCCUAAUGCAAGGCAUUGCUCUUCCAACAGCUUCUAUGACUGGACAAGGAGCACCAGUGUCUUUGCAGUCUGGAGAGACUCCUCCCAUCCAGUGUCCACCUGAUACUGCUGGCAUGGCCAAGUUAAAGAAAAUGACCCUAAAAGUGCCAUUGACACCUAAUUUGCUACCGCCAAUCCCCCUUAUGCCUUCUUCACCUGCCUCUGGACCUGUACAGUUCCAAGUGAUAGUGACACCACCACUGCCCACAACCAUGGUAACAACUGUACAGCCAGGACAGAAGUGGAUGCAGGGAUGGUAAAGAAAAGAAAGAACACAACUGUUAAAUAUCCUAAGUGUGGAGAAGAGAGAACAUCUCCCACUCACCAACAGUACACAGGCUUCAGAUACUGUGGAAAGACAGCGACAACACGUCCCACUCACCAACAGUACAUGGGCUUCAGAUACUGUGGAAAGACAGCGACAACACGUCCCACUCACCAACAGUACACGGGCUUCAGAUACUGUGGAAAGACAGCGACAACACGUCCCACUCACCAACAGUACAUGGGCUUCAGAUACUGUGGAAAGACAGCGACAACACGUCCCACUCACCAACAGUACACGGGCUUCAGAUACUGUGGAAAGACAGAGACAACAUCCUUUGAUGAAUGGAAGACAAGUUUAAAAGAAAGGGAUGUUGCCAGGAAAAGGAAAGGACCACAGUAGAGCCAAGUGAAGUCUGCAGCAGGGCAGCCAGUUUCCACAGUAGAGCCUCCUCAGUCAUCAGUUGCUACCAUACAUUUAUAUGUACACCGGAUGAUACCGAAAGUUACGAAUCCGACGGGGAGUA